CUUUUCAAAUUACUGUAUUCACUAGAUUCUACUAUUUUAAGCUGUUAUUUCAAUAAAUAGGCAUACAAUAUUGUUCUAGGUCCACUGUUUACCGAAAGGAAGGUCGCAACGCACUCUAUAAAGAAGUCAAAGGUUAAAGGUCCACUAGAACACUCUUCAGUUCUUACGUUCUUCUGCUAUGUCAUUGCACUUCAGUGGAUGCGAUUUUGUUACAGUUUGACAUCUAGUCUAGAUUCUAGAUCCUCUAGUUCAAGAUUUACACAAAGAUUCUAUAUCAAGAAAUCUAAUCUACAUGGUUUAGGCCUAGAUCUAGAUCUUAAUUUUAUUUAUAAUGUACAACUAUAAAAUAGAAGAUUUACGAUCAAAGGAGUUCCCACAACUGCAGAAAGGUGCUGUUUAUGUUGAUCAUGCCGGUGCCACACUGUUCAGCAGUUCUCAGAUUGAGGCAGUACAGAAAGAUUUGCUGUCCACUUUAUAUGGCAACCCACACAGCCACAAUGCUUCAAGCAAGUUGGCAACAGAUACAAUAGAUCAGAUUAGAUACAGGCUGCUGAAGUUUUUCAACACAAACCAUGAGGAAUACAGUCUUAUUUUCACUUCAGGCUGCACUGCAUCAUUGAAACUAAUUGCAGAGAGUUUUACUUUUAACAAUGGAGCGUCUACAAGUGCUGAAAACUCUGGAGCUUUCUGCUACCUCGAAGACAGCCAUACCUCUGUGCAGGGAAUGAGAGAGGUAGUCGCCAACAGGUGUUCACAAGUAGUGUGUCUAGAUGAUCAGGAACUGAUCACUGCUCUCAACAGUCCCACACCUGAUCCAGUCUCACAUAAACCACCACAGCUCGCCCAUGACAAGUCUACUCCUGUUGAUUCUGACAAAUACCUAGCUACAAAUCCACAAUCCCUCGUUGCUUUUCCGGCCCAAUCAAAUUUUUCUGGCAAGAGAUAUCCACUAAGUUGGAUAAAGCAAAUACAGGAAAAGGGCAUAACUCUACCUGGUAAAAGCUCGGCAGCAGGUGAGAAGUGGUUUGUACUGCUGGACGCUGCCAGCCUGGUCAGUACCAGCAGGCUCAACUUAGGGGAAGUGCAGCCAGAUUUUGUCACAGUUUCAUUCUACAAAAUUUUUGGCUACCCAACUGGUCUAGGUGCACUAUUGGUUCACAAAAGAGCUUGGGGCACCCUGAGGAAAUGUUACUUUGGUGGUGGAACUGUGGCGGUCAGCACAGCAAAGGAAAGAUUUCACGUUUUCAGAGAGGCCUUACAUGACAGGUUUGAAGAUGGAACAAUACCUUUUUUGAGCAUUAUUAGCUUGCGACAUGGCUUGGAUACUGUACAAAAACUGGCUGGUGGGAUGGACAAUGUUUCUGAGCAUGUUUUUGCAGUCACCCAGUAUUUCCAUAGCAAUCUUCAAAAGCUACAUCACAACAAUGGUCAACCUUUGGCCCAAAUAUAUGGUGAUCUAAGUUUUGACAGUCCUAAAGGUCAAGGUGGAAUUGUCACCUUCAACCUUCUGAGAGCUGAUGGGAAAUUUAUUGGUUUUGCAGAGGUGGAUAAGUUUGCCCAGCUCCAUGAUGUCCAUCUGCGUACUGGAUGUUUCUGUAACAUUGGUGCCUGCCAGAAACACCUGAACUUAUCCGCUCAACUCAUCAAAGACAACUUUGCAGCAGGUCACGUCUGUGGAGACAACAUGGACUUGAUCAAUGGACGACCAACUGGGGCGGUCAGAAUCUCAUUUGGGUACAUGUCCACCAUCUCAGACGCCCGCGUAUGCCUGCGCUUUAUUGCUGACAGUUUCCUAGAGAACCCCACCCCAAUCCCACAAUUCCCUGACCCUGUGUGGUACAGGAAAAAUGAAACAGCUGAUGUUGGUCUGAAUGAAUCCCAACAUUCCACCAAAAUAAUCAAAGAUGAAAAAAUUCAUGCAGAAAAAAGUUUCCACAAUCAAGAGGAGACAACUGCAGCCAGUGUAUCAAAAUCUUGCAAUGAAAAAGUCAGAAAACUCACUGAUAUAUUUCUGUAUCCAGUCAAGUCAUGUGGGGCAUUUAGAGUGAGUGAUUGGGAAAUGGGAAGCAAAGGACUUCUGUAUGACAGAGAGUGGGUGUUGGUCAGUGACACUGGAGUGACCAUUGGUCAGAAGAGAGAGCCAAGGAUUUGUCUAUUGAAGCCUUAUAUAGAUUUAGACAGCAGGAAACUUAUUUUGUCUUUCCCAGAUGCGUCACCAUUUGAACUGCCUCUAGACCAAGAAGAAGAUUUUGAUGCUAUGGCUAGUCUGUGUACCAACAAAGUGUGUGGGGACAGGGUGAACACAUAUGACUGUGGAGAUGCUGUUUCUGAUUGGUUGAGUGACAUCUUCCAGAUGCCUGGUGUCAGGUUGUUGAGACAGCAAAGUGACGACACGAGAAAAAGUAACUUAAAGGACAACACAGUCACUGAGGAUCCAGACAAACCAAAGUUGUCCAUGGCAAAUGAAUCUCAGCUGUUGCUUCUAAGUAGGGUUAGUGUUAGAGAGCUGCAGAAGAAGAUGGUGGAGAUUGUAGAUGUGGAUGAUGCUCAGGACACUAAAAUGCCCACAGCUCCUGCAGAUAUUUCUGAGGACAACUUGGUUUGGCGUUUCCGUGGUAACUUAGUGUUUGAUGGUGGCAAAGAGUUUGAGGAGGAAAAUUGGGCAUCAAUUUCUCUUGGUGGGAACACAAUUGUGUGUCAAGGGGCGUGCUCCAGGUGUCAGAUGAUUUGCAUGGAUCAGGAAACUGGACAGAAGAGUCGAGAGCCUUUGCGGACAUUGGGUGUAUGGAGGGGGAAGAAGGUACCUUUUGGUGUUCAUGCAAGAAUGCUGCCAUCAAGUGAUGGGGCCAGGCAAUUUCUUCAUGUUGGGGAUAUCAUUAGUGUUCUUGAUUAAGAUAUCAUAAACAAUUAAAUUAUUUUUUUGCUAAUAUUAUAGAGAAAUAUAGAAAAACAAGUGUUCUUUGAAAUCCUAUGCAUAUACCUUUUUGAUAUAUCAAUAAUUAUAUUUUAUUUAUGUUUAAAAAAAAUUAUUGAUGUGAUAAAAGAUUAAUCUGAACAAAUGUUUUCCAGAUUAAGCAGAGAUUGUUUAUACACCGGUUUAUAUUUAUACCUAUUUCUUAUUUAAUGUACCUUUUACCAUAAUUUAAUUUUACACAUUAAAAUUAAUUAUUCAGAUUGAUCUCUCCCUAAAAAUUCAUCACUUUCAGUAAAAAAACUUAAUCUAUCAAUUAUAAUUGUAUUGAAUCAGUUUUUUAAUGAGAGAAUAUUAAUUGCAUUUUUGUUGUUCAUUAUAAAAUUUGAUAAAAUUUUAACAAAUUAAUUAGUCUGUUACUCUUUUGUGCUAAAAUAAUCUAUUAUUUUU